GCUAACGGUUCAGAACACAGCGCCUUAAUGUCAAAAUUGUCCAGUGAGAAUUAAGUAAAUAUUUAGUCAUAUUUCACUUCAAGUUAUUUUUUUUUUCGAGAAUAAUAUUAUUUUAAACGUGUCGAAUGUUAUAUUUGUUUGUAUAAACAGACAAAUCAAACUUUUAUCAUUACUAUAAGUCACCUGUCACGAAAACUAUUAUUUUAGAAUGUUUCUGUGUUUAUUUUUAUUUAUUGUUUAUUUAUGUGGUGUGAAUUUAUUAAAUAACGGCCUGGCACAGAAGCCUCCCAUGGGCUGGAUGUCAUGGGGAUACUAUAUGUGUGGUGUGGACUGUAAAAGGAAUCCUCAUAAGUGUCUUAAUGAGGAAUUAAUACUAUCAGUGGUUGACUCGUUUUACGAUGAAGGGUAUCAGGAAGCUGGGUACGAAUAUAUCAUUAUUGAUGAUUGCUGGUCGGAGAGAAUACGUGAUAAAAAUGGUCGUCUCGUACCAGACAGGACAAGGUUUCCGAGAGGCAUGAAAUUUAUCGCUGAUUAUAUACAUGCUAGAGGUCUUAAAUUUGGAUUGUACACUAAUGUAGCGGACACCACAUGUAUGGGUUAUCCCGGUUCAAGAGAUCAUUUCGCCAUCGACGCCAAACAGUUUGCACAGUGGGAAAUAGAUUAUCUAAAAGUCGACGGUUGUUUUGUCAGCGAAGAAUAUCUUAAUAUUGCCUAUAUAAAGCUUGGUGCGCACCUAAAUGCCACUGGUCGCCCCAUACUAUAUUCCUGCAGCUGGCCUUAUUAUAUAGAGUUUAUACACCAUAAAACGCCAGAUUAUAAAAGUGUGGCUGAAUAUUGCAACAUGUGGCGGAAUUACCACGAUGUGGCUACAUCAUGGGAGGCAGUUAAGGCCAUUAUAACACACUAUCAAGGGGUAUAUAACGAUAUUAAUGGUUAUCAUGGACCAGGCCAUUGGAAUGAUCCAGAUAUGUUAAUAUUUGGAACUAAUUCGCUGUCGGAGAGUCAGAGCAGAGUACAAAUAUCAGUAUACUCAAUGCUUGCCGCACCGUUGUUGUUAAGCUGUGACAUGAAAAAUAUUAAUGAUUACGAGAAACAGAUGUUACUUAAUUUAGAUCUAAUAGCGAUAGGUCAAGACGAUCUGGGGAUAAUGGCGCGGCCUUACGCGUUAGGUUCAAUAACGCUAUGGGUGAAGCCGCAUUUACCGCGAAAAGGUGACAGGUAUCACUCCAUCUCUUUCGCACUUGUUAAUUUACACAAUAAAGAGCAUGCUGCCUCUUUCACUCCCGGCCAUUAUGGAAUGAAUUCAACUGACGUUUAUGUUGUCAUGGAUGUGUUUUCUAAAGUUUUUUUAAAAAACAUCACAGUAAAAGAUGUCAUACAUAUUAAAGUCCCGCCUGAAGAUGUCGUUAUGUACACGUUGUUCCCGCUGUGAUUGUAUUAGAACCUACUUCGUCGAAUUUAUUAAAAUAUAUUUGUCUAUAUUUAUUUACACAUCAUUGA